AUGGCUAUUGCAGCACAGGGCAGGGAAGACCCAGCUCGCAACUGUGUCGAUCACUCGUUGAGUCCGGUGUGCCGGACCAUGAUCGCCGGGAUCUGCCGGCAGUUUGAAGUCACGUCUGAUCGAUUGGCAGCAGUCGUCAAAAGUACUCAGCAAGUUGAUGGCAUAUGUACGUGCACGGACGACUACCUCGUGGCUGUCGCUCAGGCCGCGCAGCAUCUCGGCCUACUUACACCUGGCGUGAAGCCCUACACCAUCUCGACGAACAAGUUCCUCACCCGAAUGUUUAGCGGCCGCAAUGCUGGUACGACAUUCUCGGUGCGAUCGCUAGCAGUACUGUAUGACGAGCUGGCGGGGCAUGUGAUCAAAGAACCCCUGACUCACCCGAUGGUGUGCAAGCCUUGGACCAGGCGCGGCAGUGCAGGCGUAUUUCGUGCCGACGACGCAAAUGAGCUGCGAGAUGCCGUGGCUCGGAUUCUUGCCUCGGCCGCGGUUGUUCCAGCGGCGUGGUGGUCGAGCCAGGUGGUUGAUGACUUUCCCUUGCCUGCCGAUUACACGUCCUCGGCCACCUUCAACGAGAGGUACGAGGCGCUGAUCCAUGCGCCCUCUGGCCUUCCGAGAGACGAGCAAAACGAGAGUGCGCAACUCUCUGUCGACUACCGCGACGAUCCCAACGUCCCCUUCCCGGUGAUGUACUACAAACAGCCACCACCCUCCCAGCAGCCGUCAAUCUUUCCACACGAGAUUAAUGCACGCAGCCCAGGCAUCGGCAGCUCCACGGCAAGCCUGCACUCGACGGGCGUCGACUAUUUCCCCCUCCAGCUGCUGGCACCAGCAGGGGACUGGACGCGGUUUGCUGUACUGUCCUCACCCUUCCAGCACGCGCCCGCAAACUUCACCUCCCUGACCAACGUGGCGGUCGACGUUCCGGCGACGCUGCUUGCGGAGAUGGUCAAAGUCCCCAAGCUCGAUCCGGGUGUCCGGACUCCGCAUCGCCAUACCCGACGAUGCUCUUCCAAACCCCCAGCCGCGAGCCAAUCACUCGUCCCGGAUGCGACACGUCGUCUUCCACACGGCCGUCGUCAGACCCAGCCACCGGUACGGCGGCAAGUACGUGGUCGAUCAUUGAGCAAAGGGUUUGAUUGGGAGGCAGGGAAGCUAAGUAUGCAAGCCAAGGUCGGGAGUGCUUUAGUGCUGCUGGCUCUCGUGUUGCCUGGCUCAUUUCCUGCUAGUCUCUUAUUGCCUGGCAUCUUCCAUAUGAUUUCGACAGCUGCCAAUGCGUCUCCUGAGGAAACCCGCAUACACGCCCAUGUUCUCCAUCUCGGCCUCGCCCCCGCGCAGCCCAAACGUCAGCAUGGUAUUGAGCCCGCGCGCGAGGGUCUCGAGGCCGACGCAGAGCUGCUGCACCGACGCCGGGGCCAGGCAGGCUCCCGUGUCGCGCAUGAAAUCCCACUUGAGCAUCUGCAUGUAGGCGCGGCUCCCCAGGAUUUUGUAGAGGUUCCGGAGCUGCGGGAAGCAAUCCCCGUUGGCCUGCCUGCCGUGGGCUAUAGCGGCCAGGGUUCCAGGUCUGCGAUGGAGAAUUUGGGGUUGCCGAUGGUCUCGGUGAAGAUGAACUUUGUCCGUUGGUCGACUAGGCUGCGGACUUUGGGUAGAUCGUUGGAGUCGCAGAACCUGGUCUCGAUGCCCAUGCGUUGUGGGAUGAUUUUGAACUGGUGA